AAAUGCAGGCUCCUCCUUUCUACCUCCUCCACCACCUACUCUUUCUCUUCCAGAUUCCAUGGCCAAGAAUCCACCUGAAUAAUUCCCUUCAUAUUCCCCCCUCCUAACACUGUUUCUCACAGUCAUGACUCCCUUUUCUUGUUUCUCCUCCACCAGGACUAAUCCCCGUCUCUAUCUCCCCAGACACCGGUAUAAUGAAUCUACACUCCCAAAGAAAGAUAUCCUUUUCUUCAAAAGUCACCAGCUUCCAAGCAAACCUUAUUAUCUUCCACUUUUGGGCUUGAAGAACUCUAAAAUCACUAACCUUUUUGCUAGCAUAUCUUCCUUUGCAGAUGCAGAAGGUGGAGGUGAACAAAAAGAAGGAAUCCAUGUGGAUAAGUAUCAGGGGAAUGCCAAAACAAAGGAGGAUGAAUUGCCUGGAAUGGCUCAGGCCUUCGAUAUAUCUUCCAGCACAGCCUCCGCUAUUUCUAUAUGCAUAGUGUUUGCUGCUCUGAGUUUCCCACUUUUCAUGAAGUCCCUGGGGCAGGGACUGGGGUUGAAGACUAAAGCUUUAUCAUAUGUGACGCUGUUGUUUGGAUUUUACAUGGCUUGGAAUAUUGGAGCCAAUGAUGUGGCUAAUGCCAUGGGAACUUCUGUUGGGUCCGGGGCGCUGUCCCUCCGGCAGGCUGUGAUAACUGCUGCCAUUUUGGAGUUCUCCGGGGCGCUGUUGAUGGGGACUCAUGUGACUAGUACAAUGCAGAAGGGGAUUCUGGUUGCUGAUGUGUUUCAAGGGAAGAAUACAUUGCUUUUCGCAGGAUUGCUUUCUUCUUUAGCUGCUGCUGGUACUUGGUUGCAGGUUGCAUCCUACUAUGGUUGGCCUGUCUCCACAACACACUGUAUAGUAGGAUCAAUGGUAGGAUUUGGCCUUGUUUACGGAGGAUCUGGUGCUGUCUUCUGGAGCUCCCUGGCAAGGGUAACUUCAUCUUGGGUGUUCUCACCGGUACUGGGAGCAUUAGUCUCGUUUCUUGUAUACAAAUGUAUCCGCAGGUUUGUUUACAGUGCUCCAAACCCUGGCCAAGCCGCGGCAGCAGCUGCACCACUAGCUGUUUUUGUAGGUGUUACAGGAAUCUCAUUUGCAGCCUUCCCUUUAAGCAAGAGCCUUCCUGUGUCUAUCGCACAAGCCCUAGCCUCUGGAGCCGCCGGAGCAAUCAUUGUUUACAGAAUCAUCAAAAGACAGCUAGGCCAUCUCCUAGUUGAAUCCACUUCAUCAGAACAAGAGACUAAAGAGAAUACAGUUCAGACUAAAAACCUCGGAUUUCUUUCAAACGUUGCAGGGCCAAAAGGCACCCAGUUAGAAAUAGUCUAUGGGGUUUUUGGAUACAUGCAGGUUCUCUCAGCCUGCUUCAUGUCCUUUGCUCACGGUGGAAACGAUGUCUCAAAUGCAAUAGGCCCUCUGGCUGCUGCCUUGUCCAUUCUUCACGGUAAUGCCAGUGGGACAGAGAUUGUGAUUCCUAUAGAUGUUCUGGCGUGGGGAGGAUUUGGGAUUGUUGCAGGGCUUAUGAUAUGGGGAUACAGGGUGAUAGCCACAAUAGGGAAAAAAAUCACAGAGCUAACACCAACAAGGGGGUUUGCAGCUGAGUUUGCUGCAGCUUCUGUGGUUCUGUUCGCAUCGAAGCUAGGAUUGCCAAUCUCAGCUACACAUACUCUGGUCGGAGCGGUCAUGGGGGUGGGGUUCGCGAGGGGACUGAACAGUGUUAGAUCAGAAACAGUGAGAGAAAUUGUUGUUUCCUGGGCUGUGACAAUUCCAGCUGGUGCAACUUUUGCAGUUCUCUACACAUGGAUCUUGACUAAGCUUUUUUCAUUUAUAUUGUGAUUGUACAUUUAAUAGAUGAAAAGAGAACAAGGUUGAUUGUCAAUGAUGAAUUGAAAUUGCCCAUAUUUUUUCUUCUUUUCCCUAUUGUGGGAGUGUUGUGCUUUCUUGAGCCAAGAUGAUUUCCUAAACAUGGAAAUCAUCAUAUUUUGGAUUUGAGAAGACAAGAAUGAUGUUUUCCCUCUAGGAAUUGAGAGGAGGAACAAUGGUUUACCUCGCCUAUUUAUGCUAAGUUUUCUUGCAAUUGAAUAGGCAAACAAAUGUAUUUCAUUCACCUGUGGCAAAUGUAUUUCAUUCACCUGUGGCAAAUGUGUGCUUCUAGCAGUGAUGUGGGUAAGAUAUUUUACCUAAUAGAUUGUAGCUUGGUUGGUAUAGGGGCUUACUCCGUGCCUUGUUGACAAGGUUCGAUCUUUAACAAAGCCACAAGAAUAAA